CGCCGCUCUCCUCCCCGCAGCAGAAGCCAUUUUGGACUCAGUUCAGUUUCUCCGCAUGUCAACACGGGACCGUGUCCGUGAGCACGGGGCAGAAAGAGACCUAGUGACCGAGCGGAGAGGGUUAGCAACCGCGUCGCUUCUUUCUUUUUUUUUUUUAACGGCAGAAGCGUGUUUAGUGUUUCCGGAGACUCCUUUGUGCGCGCGCGUGUGUGCGUGCGUGUGUGUGUUUCGUGCGCGGGAAUCGCGCGUGUCCCCCAUGGAUGUGUCCGUCUUCUGAAGUUAACCGCGAGCUCGUGCGCUGCUGUUUUCUUUGGGCUCGCGCACUCCAGACUGCACGGUGUGCAUGCAUACAGGCCGCUUUGGGCUCUGUGUGUUUCUCUGUAUCAGUGUGUAUGUGUGUGUGUCCGUCCGUGUGUCCGUGUGUGUGUCCCUCUGGUCAGUGUUUAAAUGUUCCUAACGGAGGAGAGAUUAAAAAGGGCCAAAUCCGCUGCACUGCUUUCCCAAUAAGAGGAAUAUGAUCUCUUCCUGGCUGACUUUUGCACUUCUUUUGGGAACUUUUGGUGCAGUACCCAGCCAUGGAGAGGUGGAGACACGGGAGUGUUUGUACUACAACAUCAACUGGGAGAUUGAGAAGACCAACCAGAGCGGCGUGGAGCGGUGUGAAGGCGAGAAGGACAAGCGCUCUCACUGCUACGCUUCAUGGCGCAACAACUCUGGAACCAUCGAGCUUGUGAAGAAGGGCUGCUGGUUGGAUGACUUCAACUGCUAUGACAGGCAAGAGUGCGUGGCCACGGAGGAGAACCCGCAAGUGUUCUUCUGCUGCUGCGAGGGCAGCUUCUGCAACGAGAGGUUCACACACCUACCCGAAGUGGGCGGACCAGUGAUCGAGCCCCCUCCUGCUGAGCUCUCUCUGUUGAACGUAUUGGUGUAUUCCCUACUGCCAGUCACAAUGCUCUCCAUGGCUCUGCUGCUGGCCUUCUGGAUGUACCGCCACCGCAAGCCACCCUACGGCCACGUCGACAUCAACGAGGACCCAGGUCCAGCUCCUCCGUCUCCUCUGGUAGGGCUGAAACCACUGCAGUUGUUGGAGAUUAAAGCUAGAGGGCGCUUUGGAUGUGUGUGGAAAGCCCAGAUGGUGAACGAAUACGUAGCUGUGAAGAUCUUCCCAAUUCAGGAUAAGCAGUCGUGGCAAAACGAGCGAGACAUGUUCAUCACACCAGGGAUGAAGCACGACAACUUGCUGCGUUACAUCGCUGCUGAGAAACGAGGGACCAGCCUGGAAAUGGAGCUCUGGCUCAUUACCGAGUUCCACGAAAAGGGUUCUCUGACUGAUUUUCUGAAGGGCAGUGUUGUAAGCUGGAAUGAGUUAUGUCACAUUGCUGAAACUAUGGCUUGUGGCCUGGCCUACCUUCAUGAAGAUGUACCACGGUAUAAAGGAGAAGGUCCCAAACCUGCCAUUGCUCACAGGGAUUUCAAGAGUAAAAAUGUGAUGCUGAAGAACGAUCUGACGGCCGUCAUCGGCGAUUUCGGCUUGGCAGUGAGAUUUGAGCCUGGAAAAGCUCCAGGAGACACUCAUGGCCAGGUCGGCACACGGAGGUACAUGGCGCCUGAGGUUCUGGAAGGAGCCAUUAACUUCCAGAGGGAUGCGUUUCUGAGGAUAGACAUGUACGCCGUGGGACUCGUGCUCUGGGAGCUGGUGUCCCGCUGCGCAGCCGCCGAUGGUCCAGUAGAUGAGUACAUGCUGCCCUUUGAGGAGGAGAUCGGACAGCACCCGUCCCUGGAGGACCUGCAGGACGUCGUGGUCCACAAAAAGAUGAGGCCCGUGCUGAAGGAGUGCUGGCUUAAACAUCCGGGUCUGGAGCAGUUGUGUGAGACGAUAGAGGAAUGCUGGGACCAUGACGCUGAGGCUCGUCUGUCAGCAGGCUGCGUAGAGGAACGUCUCUCUCAGAUCCGGCGCCUUGGCAACGGUCCUGCCUCCGACUGCCUCGUCUCUGUGCUCACCUCCGUCACCAACGUGGACUUAUCACCCAAAGAGUCCAGCAUCUGAGAACGAGGUGGUGGUAGGGGGGAACUCUCAAAAACGAAACCCGAAGCGAAAGAAACAACCUUCGUCUUUCCAGACUCAGCGGAUCUCAGACAACAAUGAAUGCAGCUGCUAUUUUAUCCUGACGUUUUUUAAAUUAAUUAUUAUUAUUAUUAUUAUUAUCAUUAGUAUGAUUAUUAUUCUGAUCGGAUCAAUACUACCAGCACACUUCGCUACUGUAUUUUUAUCAAGAGAGGAAAACACAAAAGUUAAACGAAAAAAAAAAGAAAAACAAGAAAAAAAACAGCAUAAGGACAUCUCAAAGCGCAUUCAGGUGCCGACUUAUGAAUGCUGACAAGAUGCAGGUACCUCAACCGUUUCAGUUCAGUGGGUUUUGUUUUUUUUUGUUUUUGUUUUUCUUUAUAUUCCAAUGUUUCUGUCUUCUGGACAGGAUUGCCUACGGCAAAACUAACCAACACAUCAAGCAACCGUUCACCAUGUUGGAAAAACAACAAUGCUGCAAAACCUGUGAGGAACAUUUAUGACUGUUACAUUAACCUUCCUCAAGGAAUUUUUAUUUCCGAGUUUUUUUUAAAGAACUUUUCCUCUCUGACUGUGUGCUAUUCAAAUUUACGGAAAACGUGUCUUUUACGGAACUAACGGGUGUCUCUAGAACACAACAAUUGUGGAAGACAACUGGAUUGUUUUGGGUUUUUUUUCGUUUUUUUUUUUCUUCUUCUUCAUUUGUUUUUUUGCUGUCGAAGCUGGCGACUGUGAAGAGGGGUCGGUUCAGAAUUUUUAAUCGUGUGGAAAUGCGAAUUUAGCUUAGAGAAUAUUGGCUUUGCAUUUAGAGAUAGUGGACGAGGAAAGGAUUUGGAUAACGUGUUUUGUUUGGUACAGAAUUAUUUCUCAGGUAAACAGUUUUGGUCGGGGUGUCAGGGAUGGGGCAUGUGGGUGGGUGGGGUGUGGGUGGGAUGGCGACUGCCAAUUUGUCCCUAGAAAAUAGAAGGAGAAAUGUUGAAGGGUCGUUUUUUUUUACCCCAAAUGAAAUUUAACACUAAAAUGUUCUGUGUGCGUGAAGGGGUUUGUGGGUGUGUGUGAAGGGGUGUGUGUGUGAGAAUGUGAGAAGGGGUGUGCUUGCACGAGUGAAGGGGUGUGCGUGCGCGAGUGAAGGGGUGAGCGUGUGAAGGGGUGUGCAUUCGUGUGUGAAGGGGUGUGCGUGAGCGAAUGAAGAGGUGUGCGUGCGCGUGAAGGGGUGUGCGAGCGUGUGAAGGGGCGUGCGAGCGCGAGUGAAGGGGCGUGCGAGCGCGAGUGAAGGGGCGUGCGAGCGCGAGUGAAGGGGCGUGCGAGCGCGAGUGAAGGGGCGUGCGAGCGUGUGAAGGGGUGUGCGAGCGCGAGUGAAGGGGUGUGCGAGCGUGUGAAGGGGUGUGCGAGCGCGAGUGAAGGGGUGUGCGAGCGUGUGAAGGGGCGUUUGAGCGCGAGUGAAGGGGCGUGCGAGCGCGAGUGAAGGGGCGUGUGAGCGCGAGUGAAGUGGUGUGCGUGAGAGUGUGUGAAGGGGCGUGAGAGUGUGUGAAGGGGCGUGCGAGUGUGUGAAGGGGCGUGCGAGUGUGUGAAGGGGCGUGUGAGCGCGAGUGAAGGGGCGUGCGAGUGCGUGAAGGGGUGUGCGAGCGAGUGAAGUGGUGUGCGUGAGAGUGUGUGAAGGGGCGUGAGAGUGUGUGAAGGGGCGUGUGAGCACGUGUGAAGGGGCGUGUGAGCACGAGUGAAGGGGCGUGCGAGUGCGUGAAGGGGUGUGCGAGCGAGUGAAGGGGUGUGCGAGUGCGUGCAGUCUAGAGAGACCUUGUGGAAGGUUCGGUCCAAGUGGCCAUCAAAAUAGUUUGCCUUUUAUUUUCCUUUUAUAUUUCUUUGCGAAAGUCCACGCACAUAGAUACCCAGACUUAAGGACCUUGACUAAAACAGCAGACUCCUGAUCAUUUGAGAGCUUAUAUUGGCAAAUCAGUUGAUGAAUAAGAAGGAUUUUAAUUCACACAUUUAACUGUCCCUUUGCGUAUUAUCAGUAUCUCUGAGGGACCAAUUUUAAGAAUUGGAUCUUGUGGGUCCUACACUGUAGAUUCUAGACUUACAGCGCAAUAGACAUGCCAUUCAGCCCAGUCUUUUAUUAAGAGUGACUGAAAUGCAUUCAGUGGAGAGAAAAAUCCAACCAGGAAACUUGUUUUUUUUUUGUCUUAAACGUGGCAAGAAUUCACAUUUCUGUUUGCCACAGUAUAACAGUGAAUGUCCACAAUGCUGCUGUUUCCACUCAAAGCUGAAAUCUUUCUGUAUUUUUUCUUUUUUUUUUUUUCCCUUUUCAUUUUUUUCUUUGCAUUAACACACACAACGUCUCAGUAGAAUUCAUUUAAAAUCAAAUGCAAUGCAGACGUCAAGACAAAAUGACAAGGCUUCCGAGAAGAACGAGAUCAACUCUAACAAUAAAGAUUUGUAGAGGACAAAACACAAAAAAAAAAAAAAAAGAGAAAAGAAAAAAAAGGAGCGAGAGAAGAGAUAUUGUUCAUGAACCACAGACCACCUCAAACCAGAAAUACCUCAGAUUUUUCUAUGUGUAUGACUUGUGUUAUAUACUCUGUUAGCUGUGUUGACUUGUAGUAAGUAUAUUUUGAUUUAAGUUGGAUUUUAAGAUUGGGGAGUUUUGGAAAAAGUAUAAAAAAGAAAAAAAAAGAAAGAAAAAAAAAAGUCCAAAAUCUUUGAUGAAGUGCUACCAGAUUAUGGUGUAUAAAUAGAAAAACCAGUGUAAAUAGCUGUAAACAGGUGUAGAAUUCUGCCUAGCUUUGAGACCAGGGCAUUAUUCCCUUAUUUUGUGCCGGCUGUUCUGUUCUUCUCUCUCACUGACUCUCUCUCUCUCUCUCUGUCUCUCUCUCUCUCUCUCUCUCUCUCUCUCUCUGUUGCUUGAAGGGACAUCGAACCUUUAAUAUCAGAUUAUGUGACUCUCAUUCAUAGGACAUCUUUCUUCAUCUCGUGCUCUGAUAUAUACCAGAUUUGUCACUCUAGAACCAGUUUCUCCUGUCCUGUAUAAAGGACCGUGCAGCUAAGUGAUGUCAUGAUGUCAAGAUGUCGCUCGCUUCACUUUACCAAAUUAGCUCUUUCCAAAUUGAAACCAAAUUUGUUUGGCUUGUAUUGGGCACAUUGUACUGAUGUUGUUAUAUAGCAGCAAUUAUUUUAGUCGAGUUAUUUUAGCUUUCGUUCAGGGCAUGCCAUUUAAAAGAAAAAAGAAAGGUUUGGUGUCCCUCUGUCCUUCUGAUACUUCGCAGCGGUUGCUUCUUUUUUCUCUAUGUCUUGAGCAGAGCUUUAAGUUAUUUUGUUUUUAUACAUGGUGCCAUAUAACUUCUCCGGGAUGUUCGCCUUCCAUCUGCAGUGCUGGAUGUAGGUAGAAUCAGGCCUGUGUGUGUGUGUGUGUGUGUGUGUGUGUGUGUUGGAAGCUGGAGAGAAGCUUCCAAUGUGGCCCGUGAUCACAGGAAAUUUUUUCGAGGCCAUCUUUGCACUCAUGGACUUGAUGGUGUUCCUUUUACAGUGCCGAAGAUAAAUGAACUCGGACCAGUUUUCGAAUAAUAUAAAAUGCUUGUUGCCAAACCAGAUCUUCACGUAAGUCCCAGCGCUUGAACAUAAGCUCGUCAUAAUCUCAUCCUUGCAUACUUCGUAUUCACAUGCUACACUCACACUUUUAAAGGAGAUUUUAUUUCUUCCCAGCCUCCACUAACUUUCACGGCUUUACCACAGUCGAGUCGUUGCGUGCGAGUGCGUGUGUGAGCUCGAACAAUGUAGCAAGCAAUAUCCACAGCAAUAGAGUAGCAUUCUCUCUGAAGGGAUUAAAAAAAAGCUCUGGGCCACAUUAUCGAUCCCCAGGAAUCAUACCAAAUCAUUGUCCUUAUAGUUUACCGUCAGCUGCUGUUGGGUGAUAACGAACACCUUCCCAUCUCUGAAAUAACCAACUUGUUUGUGUGUGUGGUUUUUUUUUGUUUGUUUUUUUUUUAAAUAUGUAGCUACAUUUCUUGCAUUUCUUGAAAAUCUGCAAAAUGGUAACCAAAGUUUUGUUCUCUUUAGUGUCCGUGAUUCUGUAAAAGGAAAAAAGUGAAAACAUAUAACAGUUCAGGAUGCCUCAUGUCCACUGAUCGAGACAUCAUACCAUCUGGCCGAGAAAUAUGGAAUUAUGGUGUUAUUGGGUCUCCAAAAAAGGUUGCGUGUGUGUUUGUGUGUGUGUGUGUGUUGGUAAUUUUUUACAUUUAAAAAGCUCUGAAUCAGGAUAAACACUAUGAUCAGCAUCAUAGAUCAUGCAAUACCACACCUCGUUGUUGGAUUUACAGGCACUAUGGGGGGGUUCAUUGAGUAUUUCUUAAGGUGUUCUCAUCUUAACUGUUGUGCCAAUUCAAUGACUGCUACGUUCCCUGUCAUUUUAGUUCUAUUUUUUAUUUUAUUUUUUAUUUUAAGUUGUUGUAUGCCCGGUAUGUAUUGGCACAUUCGUCUCGUUUGGAUUUUAAACGUGCAUUUUAGCUCGAUUUAUUAGAUUAGGCGUGUUUCUCUACAGAAAUGGCUCACUGGUUCAUGUUACAAAGAUGGCCUCCUGAAAAGCUAGAUCAUUUUUAAUAUCAGGAACGUUACCAACCUCUCAUUUUCAGGGGUGUUUUGAUGUGCCUGUGUAUUCUUGCUGAAACAACCGCUGUUUCUCUCUGUCUCGAUCUCGAUCUUUCUUUCUCUUUCCGACUCUCCCUCCCUCCUUCGCUCUCUCUCUCUUCACUUUGGUUGUAAUACUUUUCAGAAAAUAGUAUCUAUAUAUACUGUAUAUGAUAUAAAAAUCUCUAAAACGUGACCAGCUGUAACUCUGGAUGCAGUCUUAGAUCCAGGUUUUCAGGAACCGAUUACCUCAGAGCUCAUGUGAAUCAGUGUUGCUAGCUGGAUAAUUGUUGACACUUACAGAGAAAAUAUACACUAUUGUAACACACACACACACACACACACACACACACACACACGGGAGAACCUCUUUUGUACUGGUGUAACAUGUAUAAAGCACCCCUUGACAACUCAAAAACCUCUUUCGUCUCAAGCCUCUUGCCAAUCUCAGAAAAAGCAAUUAAAUGGUACUAUACAGGGAAACACUUGAGCGCUUCCUAAAUUCCCCCUUUCCCUCAUGAAAUAAGCUGAAGAUGGUUUGAAUGACCUCAUUAAAUGCAGGCAUUGUUCACAUUUUUCUUCUGUAUCGUUACCAUUAGUGUCAAGCCUAAUUGUAAUCUCAGAGCAGGUUUUGGUGCAUUUCGUUACCUCAUAUUCAAGAUGGCAGUGUUCAGGUAAACGUGUAGCAGGGUUGUGAGCCAGCACUCAAGUAUUAAAGCCUUUCCUUUCAGGGGAAUAUAUACGGGAAAUCUAAACUUUUAUUUUCUUCUUCUUCUUUUUGAAAUGCUAACUCUUACGUUUGGUUUAACCAUCUUGCAUAAGGCUGCUUUCCCCCCCAAGGAGAAUAUAAACACUCUCCCUUUUAUAGUACCUUUUUAUGGAAUGGAAAAUUGACUUGGCUUGUUUUUUUUUUUUAGCUCAGAAAUUGCAUCAGUUGGAAGAAAACAAGCUCAAAAAUCCAUUUAAUAACCGGUCAAUGGCCCUGCUAUAUCCUUUAUAUCUGUAUAUAUAACAGAAGUGGCACACGAGAGAUGAAAGAAGGCGUUCUCACUUGUCUUGUCAAGGGGUCAUAUUUUAAGUGCUGUUUCUAUAUUGGAAUAUGUGAAAUGUACAUGUUGUAGUUAUGUUUCACUAUCGUAGCUAAACUUGUAGAACAGAGAUGGCUUGUACUACUGAUUUUAACAACUAUACUAAAAAAAAAAUCUGUAUAAGACAAAAUGUAUACAGAGAGUUGAGCUUGUUGCUGUAGGCCCUCUUUUGGAUUGAAAAGUAUGUGGAUAAAGUUUUAUAUAGCCUAUAUGAAAUGCCCUGGGACGGUCAGACAUCCAUUGUAUUGCCGUAAUGAACUGAGGACUUUUUUUUUUUUUUUUCUUUUUUUUUUUUUUUUGGGAACGCUCAUUGUAACAUAGUUCUUUAAUUUUGCAGUGGAUCAUUGUUCCUUUUUACUGUGGUAAUUUUAGAACUACGUAUCCAGAGUUUGGACUAGUUUUGCCUAGAUGUUGGGAUGUGGUUGUUUCUGCUCUUCAUUGGUGCCAGAAUAAACCAGUAUGAAUGUAGUAUAUGCCCAGUGUGAAGCAACUACACCCUGACUGAGAAAAAAAAGUACUAGAAAGGAUUAUUUCAAUUUUAUCUUUUUGUAUAUGAAAGUAAACAAUAAAAUGCUGAUAAAACAAAA